CAACACACAGAACUACAAAAAUGGCUACCUCCACCGCCGCCGCCAUCCCCUGUCUCCUCCUCCUCGCCACGCUCACCAUCGCCGCUGCUGAAAUAGGGCACCCGCAGGCUCCGGCGGCAGCCGCAGGCGCUGUGGGCGGCCGGACGGAGAUCAGGGACGUGGGCAAGAACAAGCUGGUGCAGUCCCUGGGCCGGUUCGCGGUGGCCGAGCACAACCGCCGCCUCAGCCACGGCGGCGGACCAGCCAACAACGGCGACCCCGUCCGGGUCCAGCUCGUGUUCACCGCCGUGGCGGCGGCGCAGAAGCAGGUCGCCUCCGGGGUGGUUUACUACCUGAAGGUUAUCGCCCGGGACCGCGCCGGCGGCGGCGGGGACAGGCCGUUCGACGCCGUGGUGGUCGUCAAGGCGUGGAUCAAGUCCAAGGAGCUCGUGUCUCUCAUGCCUUCUCCCAAAUAAUCGACAGGCUGGCUGUCAGGUGUACGUAUGUGCGCUCCGUGCUGGUGUUGUGCUGUCCUUGUUACUCGUUGCAUUUUUCUCGUCACUUGAGUAUGUACUAGUGCAACUAAAAUAAAAAGCGUGGUUACAGCAUGAACUAGUAUUUGUCAUCCAUACUUAUGCCAGGAUUAUCGAUUGCGUA